AUGACCUCAGAGCGCAGUAACAUUUCUCAUACUGUGAGUGAGUUCAUUCUCCUGGGCUUCCCUUGCCGCUGGGAAAUACAGAUCCUCCUCUUUUCCAUAUUCUUCGUGACUUACAUCCUGACCCUCUUUGGAAACAUGGCCAUCGUGUGUGCAGUGCGCUGGGACCACCGACUCCACACCCCGAUGUACAUUCUGCUAGCUAACUUCUCCUUCCUGGAGAUCUGCUAUGUCAACUCUGAUGUGCCCAACAUGCUGGCCAACUUCCUCUCCAAGACCAAAACCAUCUCCUUUGCACGGUGCCUGCUCCAGUUGUACUUCUUCUUCUCACUGGGCACAACCGAAUGCUUAUUUCUCUCCAUCAUGGCCUAUGACCGGUUCCUGGCCAUCUGCCGCCCCCUGCACUACCCCACCAUCAUGACUAUUAAGUUCUGCAGCAGCCUGGUUAUUUUCUGCUGGGUGUAUGGUUUCCUCUGGUUUCUGAUUCCGGUGAUACUCGUCACACAGCUACCAUUUUGUGGCCAGAAUGUGAUUGAUGACUUUCUGUGUGACCUGGGUCCUCUGCUGGCCCUGGCUUCAACCUGUGCCCCAAUUCCAGGGACUGUUCUUCUGUGUGGCACCAUGAGCUCCCUCCUCAUAUUUGCCACCUUUUUCUACAUUAUUGGUUCCUAUACCCUGGUGCUGAGGGCCGUAAUCCAGGUCCCCUCGGUUGCUGGCCGGAAGAAGGCCUUCUCCACCUGCUCCUCACACCUGGCUGUUGUGUUUUUAUUCUAUGGUUCUGUGAUGAUGACAUAUGUAAACCCAGGAAAGGGACAAGCAGAGAGCAUGCAGAAGUUCACAACUUUGUUCUACUCAGUUUUGACCCCUUUUUUCAACCCCAUGAUCUACAGCCUUCGGAAUAAAGAAAUGAAGGAUGCCUUAAAGAAAGUUCUAAGAGGUUCCUAA